AUGAGAGAAACGACCGACGAGGUAUUGGAUGCGCUAGUCCUAGACUCAUCAUUCUUUGGGCAAGCCCAACAAUCAUUCACAACACGUCCGAUACCGGCGUUCGAACCUUCUGGAACGGGUGAAUUCGGUGUAGUUUCAGAGGUUGUUCAGCUCUGCCUCAGUGAGGAGUGUAUUUGCGAUAGCCCCUUGUUAGGAGGGCAACGCAAUCUAGCCGAUGUACUUCCUCAGCAAGAUCAAGUUCCCACCACGAUUGCCCUAGUUGAAAACUCUGAACCGUAUGCCAUUUCUGUUAUCCCAACUUCUGUUGGACACAGCCGCGCUCACAGUGUCACGUUUGCAGACGACACUAAGGACGCAGCACCGCAGACUUUUGAAUCUCCUCCCGCAACUGUUACCGUAGACAUUGCCAAGGGAGAUAUAAGUGUAUACGACGGACACUCAUGCUGUGAUGACGAAGAGGAUCUCUCGGCGACCCGAGAUCGAAUGGCAUCCAACACGCACCGAAAAGGAGUAGCGCGGUAUGCAAUAAAGCGCUUAAGGCGCAACCUAGACAAGGAAUUGAUGGUAGACGCAGCCAUUGAUUUGGCCUGCGAAGCGAUGUUCCUACAGUCAAUUUCGCACUCAAACAUUAUUCGAUUGCGUGGAACGGUAGGGACACCGGGAACACCGCAAUUUGCUCUUAUGCUGGAUCGGCUUACAUGCACUUUGGAGGGAAAGAUUGGCGAAUGGAGGGCUCGCCAGGAUCGAUCAAGUGGGUUUUUGGGAAGGUUCGGUCGUGAUAAGAACGCCAUUGCAGCUUUGAUCGCUGAGCAAUUCACCGCCGCGCUUGAUCUGGCACGGGCACUUCGACACCUGCACGGGCGAAAAAUAAUUUACCGAGACCUUAAAACUGACAAUGUGGGGUUCGAUGUCCGUGGAUACGUUCAAUUGUUUGAUUUUGGUCUCGCAAAAGAACUUCGUUCCAGAGAUCUUGUGGAAAAGCCAGAUGGGUACGAAGCGACUGGUCUCACAGGAACACGGCGAUAUAUGGCCCCUGAAGUGGUCCGUUGCAGAGUUUACGGGCUAUCAGCCGAUGUGUAUUCCUAUUCCCUCGUCCUGUGGCAGAUUUUUGCGCUCCAAACGCCCUUUCCGAGCUACAACGCUAACCAGCACUAUGAAAAUGUGGUCGCUAAGGGAAAACGACCACCACGAAUCCCGUGGUUGCCAAGCCAAACGCAUGCCAUGAUGGAAGAGGGGUGGUCGGAAGAUCGCAGGCAACGCCCAGGAUUUCUGCAGGUCUGUCAAAUUUUGCAGGUAGAGUUGGCCAGUCGAACCGAUAACGUGAGCACGACAGAUCGUUCUACACAUCUAAUGGACCGUUCCGCUCGAUCGGGACGCAGUCGCGUUGACUCGCGGGCAUGA